AUGAGGAGUUUCGAAUGGGGAAUUAGUAAAUUUUAUAAAAAAAUGUCUGUUCCUCCUCCACCUGGUGGCAUUCCAUCAAUGCCACUCGUCAAACCUGUUGAGAAAACAACCUCACAACCAAAGAGUAGUUUACAAAAAUCUUCACUAUCUCUUUCCGAAGCCAAAACUCAUCCUCUCGAUAUUCCAAUUGAUUGGUCCAAUAUUCAAAAUGUAUUCCUCUCCUCCAAUCAAACUUCAGGAAUUUUAUUUGUUGAAACUCAAGAGAAAGAUCAUGUGGUUGUGGUGAAGGCAACCUCAACCAUAGCUCAGGAAAUUUAUGGAGGAAAGAUUGCUGAAUUUUUGGGAUUGAAAACACCACAAGUAAAGCUAAUGGAAUACAGAGCUGAUUUUAAGAAUCCCAUUAAAAAGUAUUGGGCCGAUUGUAAAAAGUAUUUGAAAGAAUUUACUGUGAAAUAUGGAAUGAGUGUUGAACAGAGAAAGAUUGAGAAGGAGUUGUUUAGAGCUUUCUUCUUGUUGAUGGAGUUCAUUGAGGGAGCAACAAGUUUGGAUGAUAUAAUGAGUGACGAAAGUAUUGGAAAGUCACUUUUGGAAAAUGAGCAAGUUUGUGAGGAUUUUGGUGGAAUGAUAGUGUUGGACAUUAUUCUGAAUAAUUGUGAUAGAUUACCACUUGAUUUGAUAUGGAAUCAUGAAGGUAAUUCGUCCAAUAUUCUAUUUUCUCCCAAGCUGCAAAGAUUAGUUCUAAUUGACCAAGCAUUUAUGGCAAUAAUUAAUGAGGGUCAGAAACAGACCUACUUUAAAAAGAUAGAGUCUUUCUCAAAAUGUUGUUCAGAAGAAACUCUUUCCAAUAAUCCAUAUUUAGACCAAGUUGUUGACUAUAUUUACAAUUGCACUGGAUACAAGAUGAGCGAUCAAGCAAAGGAAAAUAUUCACAAAGGAAUUUUGAAAUCCAUCGAGAAAUUAAAAUCAAUCAAUAAGGAAACAUUACAAGGAUUCAAAACAGAAGUGGAAAUGAUGAAAACAGGAUCAGAUUGGGAAUCAACGUAUUUCAAUUCUGUAUUAACUAUUGAUAUUGAUUUUCUCUAUGAAGCCAUUCAAAAGAUGACCAAUAUUCAAUAA